AUGACGACUCCAGCUUCACGAACUUCACAGACUUUGAUAGCAGACAGGCCAGAAUCAAAAAUGACCUCAAUCACACCACUCAAGGCAACAGAUCUGUUAUCACUGAAUUCCAUAAACUUGGAUGUUCUGACUGAAAAUUAUCAUCUGGGGUUCUACCUCCAAUACCUCAGCGACUGGCCAGCCAUGUUCUUCAAAUCGACGAAUCCUGCGGAUAGAUGUACUGGAUACAUGAUGGGAAAAUCAGAAGGACGUGGAUUAGAAUGGCACAGUCAUAUCACGGCAGUCACAGUCGACUGUGAUUAUCGACGACUGGGAAUUGCUAAAGAUCUUGUAGAUCAUCUAGUAACAUGUUCGGAAGAGAGCACUCAAGACUGCUACUUCAUGGACUUGUACGUGCGGGCGACAAAUCGAUUGGCUAUUGAUAUGUACAAAAAGUUUGGUUUUUCUGUCUUCCGACGAGUAGUCGCAUAUUAUUCUAUGGGAGAACCAUCAGAUGAUGGUGAAGAUGCAUUUGGUAAGUACCAUCAGUAA